AGUUUAGAUUGAUUCUUUCUACCAACCGUCUGACUCGCAAGACUUUCCUGCAUUUUCUGCCCUCUCUCUCUCUCCCCUUCCCCAUUAUCCCUUUCCUUGCCUUGACCCCCCCCUCUCUCUCUCUCUCUCUCUCUCUCUCUCUUCUUCAGUUCUUCCUCUUCCAUUCUCUUCUCCUUUCUUCUUUCAACUCUUUGAGCUAUCUACGCGUCCCUUCGCUCUCCAUCACUGCGUAAAACAUGGAGGAUUUCGUUUCGCCGCUCCAAACCCCUCCGAUCGUCUCCUCCGCGUCGUCCUCCGGAGCCGUGAUUGCCGAUGAUGAUUUAGACGAUGCAUGCAGUAUCUGUCUCGAGCCUUACAACUCCGACGAUCCCCCCACUGUCACUAAUUGCAAACACGAGUAUCAUCUUCAGUGUAUUCUUGAAUGGUCACAGAGAAGCAAAGAAUGCCCUAUAUGCUGGCAGCUUCUUGUCCUGAAGGACCCAGCCAGCCAAGAGCUUUUAGAUGCAGUGGAGGUUGAGAGGAAAUUGAGGUCAAGUCGCCAUGCUCGGCAUACCUAUGAGGACAACAUAAUUAACCAUGAUAAUUCUUAUGCAGAGGAUUCGGAUUUUGAUGAGCAUAUUAUGCGGCAUUUUGCUGCUGCAGCACGCAGAGCUCGUUAUGUUAACAGAAGGGGGAGGGAGAGAUCUUCCAGUACUGGUCCUUCAGAGUUUUUGAUCUCUGUUCAAACCGAAGGUCUACCUCAAGAUGUGCAGCAUAUGCACACAUCACCGGAAGAGCACCAAAGUUCCAGGUUUGAGUUUUCUGUGGGUGAUUCGCCAAAUUCUGGCAUGCUAACUGGCAUUAAUGCUCAAAGGCCACCAUCUAUGGUUCAAGGCAAUAUGAAUAUGAACCUCAACUCUGUUGAUGACAGGGAUGGCUUGAUUAAGCCCAGCCAGAUGUUGCCCGAAAGUCCACAAAGAUCGAGCUCAACUGAAUUUCGUGCUUUUUCGGAGUCUAUCAAGUCUAAAUUUUCUUCUGCAUCUGCCCGAUAUAAAGAAUCAUUCUCAAAAAGUACUCAAGGACUGAAGGAGAAGCUACUUGCACGCAAUAUCUCAGUUACAGAAUUGGGGAAAGGAGUUCAGCGUGAGAUGAAUGCAGGAAUUACUGGUGUUGCACGAAUGUUCGAGCGGCUUGAUGUUGCUGCUAAAAGGACUGGAGUGUCUGUCCCGUUAUCCAAUUCCCCUGGAUGGACCUCAAACUUCUCUGACAAGGGAAAAGACAUGCGAGAGAGUGAUAUUACUCAAUCUCCUAAUGUAAGUACAGGGGAAACUGCAAAUAAUCGGAGUUCAGCUACACCUCCUUAUGCUCACAGUGACAGUGCAACCCCAGGCCAGCUUGAAGUUUCCGUUGCUCAGAGUGGAAAUUGAUGCUGUGAAGAUGGGAAAUCGGGCAUGUACCUGUUGCUUAUGCUGUCUACUCUUCCAACAAAGGCAAUUAUGCACGAGACGAACAUCUAGGAAUCAAUCCACUGUAGUUUAAAAAAGUUGAUUGGUUCGCGUCCUGCAAUAAGUCUAUAUGCAUAUUUGACAAUGAGUUUACUAGUUGUGAUUCAACGUGGUAAUAUGAGUCUGUCGGAUACUUGCAUGUAAGCUUAUGGAAUUCGUGUAGCUGGUUUAUAAAAAGGGAUCCAGUGCCUAAAAAGUUGGGUUGA